AUGGAGAUCGCGCUGGUGACUCUGGAGAACGGCGGCGCCACGGCCAUCGCGGCCGGCGAGGAUGCCGCGACCGGCGGCGGCAGCAGCGCCCGGGCCCGCCGGCGGGGCGACUUGCUGCACAUCGCCGGCUCCGCCGCCGCGCCGCGGCUGAGCGACGGCAAAGAGGGGGCCCCGCCGCCGCCGCUGCCGCUGCCGGCGGACGAGGAGCGGGAGCGGCCCCCGCCGGCCCCCCGGGGAGGCGGCGGCAGCGCGGGCAGCCCCAGCGGCCAGGCGGCGGCGCGCGGAGCCCCCCCGCCGCCCCAACCGCCGCCCCAACCGCCGCCCCAACCGCCGCCGCGCACCCCGCGCCCCGGUGCGGCGGUGGAGAUGGGUCCUCCGGAGGAAGGGGGGCACCGCCGGGGCAUGGCCAUGGCGGCGGCGGGCGAGGAGGAGGAGGAGGAGGAGGCGGCGGCGAGCCGGAGCGCCCUGCACCACCAGCGGGUGCUGAUCAACAUCUCGGGGCUGCGCUUCGAGACCCAGCUGGGCACCCUCAACCAGUUCCCCGACACGCUGCUGGGAGACCCGGACAAACGCAUGCGCUACUUCGACCCACUCCGCAACGAGUACUUCUUCGACCGCAACCGGCCCAGCUUCGACGGGAUCCUCUACUUCUACCAGUCCGGGGGCAAGCUCCGCCGGCCCGUCAACGUCUCCAUCGACGUCUUCGCCGACGAGAUCCGCUUCUACCAGCUGGGUGAGGAGGCCAUGGAGCGCUUCCGGGAGGACGAGGGCUUCAUCAAAGAGGAGGAGAAGCCCCUGCCCCGCAACGAGUUCCAGCGCCAGGUCUGGCUCAUCUUUGAGUACCCCGAGAGCUCCGGCUCGGCCCGGGCCAUCGCCAUCGUCUCCGUGCUGGUCAUCCUCAUCUCCAUCAUCACCUUCUGCCUGGAGACCCUGCCAGAAUUCAGGGACGAGAGGGAGAUGCCCGUGCCCCUGCCCCCACAAAGUGGAGGGUUGAAUGGCACGACCGGGGACUCCCCACCCAUGCAGCCACCCAGUAGCCUCUCUGACCCCUUCUUCAUCAUUGAGACCACCUGCGUGAUCUGGUUCACCUUUGAGCUCCUUGUCCGCUUCUUCGCCUGCCCCAGCAAGCCCGAGUUCUCCCGCAACAUCAUGAACAUCAUCGACAUCGUGGCCAUCAUCCCCUACUUCAUCACCCUGGGCACCGAGCUGGCUCACGAGCAGCAGCAGCCCGGGGCUGGCAGUAGCAAUGGGGGCGGGGGCCAGCAGCAAGCCAUGUCCCUGGCCAUCCUCAGAGUCAUCCGCCUGGUCAGGGUCUUCAGGAUCUUCAAGCUCUCCAGGCACUCCAAGGGGCUGCAGAUCUUGGGACAGACUUUGAAAGCCAGCAUGAGGGAGCUGGGCCUCCUCAUCUUCUUCCUCUUCAUCGGGGUGAUCCUCUUCUCCAGUGCUGUCUACUUUGCUGAGGCCGAUGACCCCGAGUCUCAUUUCUCCAGCAUCCCCGAUGCUUUCUGGUGGGCAGUGGUAACCAUGACCACCGUGGGCUAUGGGGACAUGCGACCUGUCACCGUGGGGGGCAAGAUUGUGGGGUCCUUGUGUGCCAUCGCGGGCGUGCUCACCAUCGCCCUGCCUGUCCCUGUCAUUGUAUCCAACUUCAACUACUUCUACCACCGAGAGACUGAUCACGAAGAGCAAGCUAUCCUCAAAGACGAACACAGUAGUGCUCAGGGCAGCACAACUGGGGGAGAUGCGAAGAGACGAUCCAGUAGAAACUCUCUGAACAAAUCUGUUGUGCACUUGGAAAACAGUGAGGGGUUCAACAAUGGCACCAGCUCCUUAGAGAAAACCAAUAUCAAAGCUAAAAGUAACGUAGAUCUCAGAAAAUCCCUCUACGCUCUCUGCCUGGAUGCCAACAGGGAAACAGACCUGUAA